AUAGGGGAGGCACAUGACAGUUCCCAGGCUUGGGGUUGAAUCAGAGCUGUAGCUGCUGGCCUACACCACAUCUGCAGCAACGCCAGAUCUGAGCCCCAUCCUUAAUCCACUGAGAGGGGCCAAGGAUCCAACCUGCAUCCUCAUGAAUACUAGUUGGGUUUGUUUCUGCUGAGCCCAAACAGUAACUCCAUCAUUCACUUUUUUAAAAAAGGUGUACCUAUUCUUAUAGAAAUUAGCUUCCAAGUCUAAACUUUGUAAUAAAAAGUGACAAUUUCCAUACUGCUCAUGAAAACACAUCUCCCCAUUCUAUAGGCAAAUACUUUUGCAUAGAACCCUUAAGAAAGUUUCAGAAUUUGAUUUUGGGGUUCGUGGAAAUUUACUUUUCAUGAAGACAAUUUCUAAGUAUUUGCAUGUUACAUGUGCCAGAAUAUUUUCCUCUAUGUGGAUUGGGUCAAAAAAGAAAAGUGGCAAUUUCCCAUACUGAAAUCACUGAGUAAAGAGACAAAGAUAUCUCAGGCAUGUCCAAAGCUGAUCACAACCAUGUUCCAGAGUCUAGUCCUCAGCUUUGCAGAAACUUUAAUUUUGUCAAGUGCCCAACUCAUAUCAAAUUUUUAGCAACUGCAAAGGUUAAUCAAACUGCUGCUGCUCCUUCUCCUCCUAUUACUAACAGCUAACAUUUAUUGAACACUCUGUGUGUGCUAGACAGUAUGCAAUGUUACAUACUUGGUUUAACUCAUCCAAUACUAACAUCUGAGACAAGGUACUAUUAUUAAAUCACAUUUUGCAGAUGAGCAAGCUGAAGUACCAGGAGAUUCAAAACUUGGUUAAAAGUAGUCAGCUCUUUAAUAGUGGAGCCAAGCUUCAAACCCCACUCUGUCACACUCCGUGACACUUACACUCUUCGUCAUUACACUACACCAUCUCUCCUAAAAAAAGAUUUUUGAACUAAAAUUAUUUUUUUAUUUUUUACUAAAGUAUGGUUGAUUUGUGCCAAUUUCAACUGUACAGGAAAGUGACUUAGUCAGUAUAUACAUACGCACAUACAUAUAUACAUUCUUUUUUUAAAUAUUAUUUUCCAUCAUGGUCUGAACCAGAAGAUCGGAUAUAGCUCCCUGUGCUAUGCAGUAGGACCUUAUUGUUUAUCUAUUUUAAAUGUAAUAGUUUGCAUUUACUAACCCCAAACUCCCAGUCCACCCCACUUCUUUCCCCCUUGAACUAAAAUUAUGUCUGUUAAUUUACAGUAGACGAUAUUAAUUUUCAGGGACUAAUAACUCAGUAGCAAAACAUCAAACAAAGGAAAGUCAAUGGUCUAAGUACAGCUGAGAGGUGGUUAAUUAACAUAGGUUUGCUCCUUCCAAGACAGUGCUAAGUGCUAAACUCUAAGCUAGUCUAGCUCUCUCUAAUUAAGACAUCAAGCUGACCAAGUCCCUUUCAUUACUAUUCUUCCUUUAGAGAAGAAACAACAAAUUGAUUAGUUUAGGGCUUGAUGGCUUUACAGUUUCACACUUUUUAACACAGUCUUUUCUCAGAAAGCCUCACUCUUAAGUUGCUUUAUACUCCCAAACCACCCAUUUGGAUUUCUAUCAUUGGGGCACUCUUGCAUCGCAUUUUUCCUCUUCUUAGUUUUACUCUUGGUCAAAGCCCUGUCAUUCUUUAACAGUAGUUCCCCUCUCUCUCCUAUAUACUUCAGUACUGACUGCAGUCCAGUACUUGGCUAGUGAGAAGUUAAUUUCUUUAUACAAUAUAAAAGUAGUAUAAACAUGCCACUAAGAGUUUUUCCUUCCAGAAUUUCUCAACCUUCUUGAGGGAACAGAAGAUUAUGAAAUGUUGAAAAAAGAAAAGAAAGUUGUGGUUGAAUACAGCUGUUCAGAUUGACCUACAGCACAAACAUACACAGUGCAUACGGAAAUACAUCUUAAAAGAUAAAUGUUGGUAAUACUUUUAUAAUAUAAAGAUGAUUUUUAAAUUAAAAACUGAUACCUGUGCAAAAGCUCUAAACUUGUUUUUGUUCUAAAGUUUUCACACCUAAGCCAAAAUGUUUGACAAUGAUUUAAAAAUGAAACUAAGAUGGAGAAUAAAGUAAGAUAAAAAGUGAAUUUUUCUUUAAUGUUUCUCCAGAAAUACUGAACCUAGGAAAGGCAAAUACGUUUUGAAAGCUGCAAUGAAAGGAUUAAGACAUACCCCCCUUCAUAAACUAAUAUUGUUGAUAUUUAAUAACCAUAACUUGAGAAUUAUUUAGUAGGUCAUGUUAGGAAAUACUAGAAUAUUCACUGAAUCAAAUUAAGUAACUUUCACAUUCAAAUUGAAUCUGGGAAUGUGAUCUUAAUUUAAUAUGAAAUUUAUGUAGGUGAAACUGAUUUCAAAAGAAUCAGCAGAAAUAAAAACAACUCUUAAAAAAAAAAACUCCCUAAUUUAUAUUGACAUGUAAUUGGUUACAUGCUCUUAAAGAAAGUGUUCAGUACAACUGUACAAAAGCAGUAUACAGUACUAUUAUUUUUUCACAGCAACCAGGUUAGCAAAGCUCAGCCUAGAAUUGGCCUUCCUUUAAUAGAAAUAAAUAAUACUUAGCUAAAAAGACAGGCAAGCCAAUCAGGGUUUUCCUUAAAUGAGCUUGAAAGCAAUUUGUUAUAGGUUGGAUAAUUGCUUCUUUUCGUACUGUUUACAUUAUUAUAUUCUUAGAAAUUCUCUUUUGUACAAUAGACUUGUAUUCAGAGUGAAAAAAUAUUUAUUGAGGCCUAUUAGGAGCUAUGCAUAUAAUAAGUACUCUCAGUAAAUUACCUAUGUUUUGUCCAACAGUAAUUGUCAUUAAAUUCUUUUUUUUGUCAUUAAAUUCUUAACAGAAUAAAGUUUAAUUAGUGAGGCUUUACAAAAUUGAUAUUCUUUCUAUAUAAAGAAUAUAAAAAGAUCUUUAUUGUUUAAUCCUUUCCAGAAGAAUCUUGAUAAGUAGAUAAGGAAAAAUCAAUAAGGUGAAACAAACAUAAACUGUACAGAACUUCUAUUUUCUUGCUAGAGAUUUUCUAGAGAUAGACCGAUUCCUUCCAUAAUUUGAAAACUGAAAAAAAAACUAUAAAUUUGUAGCAUUACCUGAGAGAAUCCAUACUUUAUUCACCCAAAUAAAGGCUUAUUUAAGUCUCCUUUCUCCUAUACUCUGUAUACCACAUCUACACAUACACGCCAAGUGAAGUUAAAACAGAUGAAAAAAAAAUACAAAUACCUAAAAAUUUCCUCUUUUUUGUGGAACAUUUACAACUCGUGUAUCCUGUUUAUAGUGUAAUGCCUUUUUCUUACAAGUGGUUAAAAAAAAGAAGUUAAAUAUGUAUUUACAGCGUUGGUGUCUGGCAAAUGCAUUGCAUAAAAUCGAAACUGGAUUUUUAGCGAUUCUAACAUAAAGAUUUUCAGAUAUUUGAUAUACAGAGUGGUUGAGCAUCAAGGCUGCUACUCAGAAAAGACUUCUAAAGUCCCAGUCCUCACGAACUGAGACUCAGGGGAUGAUACAAUACAAAGCAGAAAGCACUAGAAAGGAAGCACAAAUGUUACCCCGUGCUUCAAAUGCAAAUUUCAGAAUUGCCAUACCAAAAUGAUUUAAGGAUUUAGGGUUUUGUCAUAAUUUUAGCAUAAUGGGGUGAAAAAACCCUCUAUUCCUUUGUUCCCCAGACUCCAAGAACUCGGACCAUGUUGGUGAAAAUUGGUGACUGGUUCUGAGGGGGGCUGGAGGGUCGGUGCAGGGCGGGCGGUCCCUGGGGGUGGUUGCCCCUUUUGAGGCCUAUGGUGUAGACACCAAUACUCAGAACGCCGGGGUUCCCUGGCUAAACUCACGAUUACCUCUGAUGAGCCCCAAAGAUCAAUGAGUAUCACUCUAGGCCUGGUCCCCCAGCAGAAAGGCGGCGACGGCGCAACAUCAGCGGUUAAAUUUUACAGACUUUCAUAAGGCCGGUCUAGUGCACCUGUAACAAGAUUACUAGGGCCGAGGGGCCGUAUCUGGGAAAAUGAAAGGAUGGAAGGAGAGGGAAGGAAAAUGAGGAGGGCACAGAGAAAAGGGGGAGGGGAGGGGGCGGGACAACGCAGGGAAGGCCACGGGUUUAUGGACGAGAUCGUGGAGUUGCCAUGGAAACGUAUCCCUCCGCCCGUGAUCCGCGUCUUAGCCCCCUCAGUUCCCUCCGCGCGGCUUCUCGUCUGUUUCCGCCCAGCUCCUUUGUGCCGCGCAGAACGUCGAGAUGACGCAUGCGCAACGGAACCCAGCCGCCGCAUAUAUAAGUGCGAACCGAGGCGCUUCCUCGUAGUGCCGCCGGGAUCGUUGGCGACGCUGGGUGUGUUGCAGCUUUUGUAUUACUCGUUCUGUGGGCACUGCGAGCUAAAGGAGCAGAGCUUGCGGGCCAGUCAUCAUGUCGCGCUACGGGCGGUACGGAGGAGAAACCAAGGUGUAUGUUGGUAACCUGGGAACUGGUGCUGGCAAAGGAGAGUUAGAAAGGGCUUUCAGUUAUUAUGGUCCCUUAAGAACUGUGUGGAUUGCCAGAAAUCCUCCAGGAUUUGCCUUUGUGGAAUUUGAAGAUCCUAGAGAUGCAGAAGAUGCAGUGCGAGGCCUGGAUGGCAAAGUGAUUUGUGGUUCUCGAGUGAGAGUUGAACUAUCAACAGGCAUGCCUCGGAGAUCUCGUUUUGAUAGACCACCUGCCCGACGUCCCUUUGAUCCCAAUGAUAGAUGCUAUGAGUGUGGCGAAAAGGGACAUUAUGCUUAUGAUUGUCAUCGCUAUAGCCGGCGGAGAAGAAGCAGGUCACGGUCUAGAUCACAUUCGAGAUCCAGGGGUAGGCGAUACUCUCGCUCACGCAGCAGGAGCAGGGGAAGGAGGUCAAGAUCAGCCUCUCCUCGGCGAUCAAGAUCUGUGUCUCUUCGUAGAUCAAGAUCAGCUUCACUCAGACGAUCUAGGUCUGGUUCUAUAAAAGGAUCGAGGUAUUUCCAAUCCCGGUCCAGGUCGAGAUCAAGAUCCAGGUCUCUUUCACGACCAAGAAGCAGCCGAUCAAAGUCCAGAUCGCCAUCUCCCAAAAGAAGUCGUUCCCCAUCAGGAAGUCCAAGAAGAAGUGCAAGUCCUGAAAGAGUGGACUAAAGUUUUUAAGUUCACCUUUUAGGGAAAAGUUAUUUUGUUUACAUUAUUAUAAGGGAUUUGUGAUGUCUGUAAAGUGUAACCUAGGGAAGGGUAUUUCAACCGUCUAAUCAAAAUGGAUCUGGACUAUUACUCUGUAAAUUCACAGCAGUAAGAUAAUAUAAAUUUUUGUUGAAUGUAUUAACAUCCUAUGGUCUGAAAAUGUGGGUUUUUAUUUGGCACAUUUAAAUAAAAUGUUUCUAACUAGA